ACGCUUUUAUUUAAUAUCUACGUUCAUUAUUCUACAUGGUGGCAGCAUGAGUCGUAAGAAAAAUAAGAAGAAUAUUGAUGAAUCAUUUGGUGAAUUGCAAGAUAAUUCAUCGGUCGGCCGUCGACACAUCACGUUUCAACCACCGGCUCAAUUUGACUUCCAGUGCCCAGAAAAAUGGGAAAAAUGGUUUAAAAGAUUCGAAAGAUACCGGAUGGCGUCGGGGCUUGAUCAGGAACCAGAAGAAAAACAAGUGACUUCUUUAAUUUAUUGUAUGGGGGAGAAUGCUGAAGAUAUAUUGACUCGCUCCCAACUUCCUGAAGAAAAACUUAACUCCUAUAAAACUGUAAAGGCCGCAUUUGACGAAGCUUUUAUAGGGAAGCGGAAUAUACUUUAUGAGCGUGCUAAAUUUAAUUCUCGAAACCAGAAAAAAGGGGAGAUCUUUGAACAGUUUCUCACUGAUAUCAGCUUGAUGGCCGAACGUUGUGCUUUCCGGGAUCUUAGAGAUGAACUUGUUCGUGACCGUAUAGUUGUCGGUAUUUUAGAUAAGACUUUAUCCUCACAACUACAAGAGGAUGCUGACCUAACUUUGGAGAAAGCUAUACAAAAGGCAAAACAGAGAGAAUCCAUAAAAAAACAAACUUAUGAACUGGAGGAGAUUCAAUCAAAACCUUCAUCAGAAGUUGAUCGUAUCCAUUCCAGUUCGUCUAGCAAAUUUCCACUAAAGGAGUCCACAACUGAUAUUAUGGAAGGUGGGUGCUGGAAUUGUGGGGGUCCUAGACACCCACGAAAUUCUUGUCCAGCUAAGGACUAUACCUGUAAGUGUGGAAAAGUUGGCCAUUUUAAAAAAAUGUGCAAAUCAAAUACCAUUGUGGGUAAAUUCACAAAGAAAAUUGGGGAAUUGCGCGAAUCCUCGCAAAUUUCAGUCAGCGAGCAAGAGGAUGACGCAACGUACCUUGGAGCGUUGAAUACCAUUGGUGGAGUUUCCAAUGCUUGGGCAGAAGUUACAGCCAUACCAUCUAAUAUUCUAAAGCAAAUUCCAAAUCUUUUCAAGUCAGACAAAACUCUAAAAAAUGCCGACCAAAAUAUCAUGGUGGUGGAUGACAUGUUUACGGCAGAUUUAGAAUUUAAUGGUCAGAAAGUGAAAGAAAAAAUAUAUUUCGAAAAUCGUAUGAAUCAGGCAAUGUUCAAUCAAUCGCCUUAG